GACCCAACCCACGUGGGUUUGACCCACCAUCUUCUCCCGGUCAUCGCCCAGUUCCUUCCCUCCGAUCCGCUGUCACCGCCUUCUUCUCCUCUCUUUCUCUUUCUCUCUCCUCCGUCAAUUUUUUUCUGCAGAAACUUCUUUUGACCCACAUCAGGAAAAAUUUAACAAAAUUCUCACUUUUCUUAUCUUAAUAAAUAAAAAUUUGGAGCCAAUGUUUGUUGAUAAUACAAAAUACCCAAAACCCACAACAAAAAAUCAAGAAAAUUCUACAGAUUUUUUGUUUAUAAACAAAUCAAGUCAAAUGAAAAUUUUCAUGUUUCUUUGAUUUUGGGCAUACCCUUUUGGUUGCGUAAAAAUACCCAAUUCUUUGAUUUUUGAUUAAUACAGAGUUUUUAUAUUUUUUGAGCAUGUCUGAUUUGGUGGCCCGCACGGGUCGUCUUCAACAAAGAUAUAAUGAUGGCUGUCGCCUUGUUGCUGGAUGUAUACCAUUCAGAUAUAGAAAUGGUGAGGACAGUAGUAAUGAUGACUCAGAGAGCAAUAUCGAGGUACUUAUGAUCAAUUCGCAAAGUGGUCCAGGUCUUCUCUUUCCUAAGGGAGGGUGGGAAAAUGAUGAAACAGUUGAGGAGGCAGCUGUAAGAGAAGCAGUUGAAGAAGCUGGAGUAAGAGGAGAUCUUAUGGAUCUACUUGGGUACUACAAAUUUAAAAGCAAAACUCAUCAAGAUGAAUUCUGCCCCGAAGGAUUGUGUAAAGCGGCUAUGUUUGCUAUGCUAGUCAAGGAAGAACUUGAGUCUUGGCCCGAGCAAAGCACGCGAAGUAGAUUCUGGCUUACUAUUCCAGAAGCAGCUCAGAGUUGCCGCCAUGCAUGGAUGAGAGUUGCUCUUGUUGAUGGCUUCCUCAAAUGGCAUGGGGAUAAGCUUGCAGAAAGAGAUUGAUGUCAAGUCUUCAAAAAACGUGGGAAAUAAUUUGUAGAGGCAACAUUUGUUGAAUGCAGUUGGUAAUUUGUCGCCGUUUAUAUGAUGGCCAUUACCAAUGCUCAAUCUUGCACAGUUGAAUACUUUAUUGUAGUUUCAGUUCCAUUUCAUUAUAUACCUGAAUCUCCCAUAUUUUGGUAUUAAGGAAAGAUUGUAUGUUUUUGUUUGUAGUUCAAUAGGCCGAUUUAAAAAUAUGUUUCCAGAUUGGUUAAAUGAGAGUUAUCAUAUGGGCAGUCGAAAGGGGGUCACAUAUACGAGCUUACUAUUUUUUA